AUGGAUGGAGAAGGUAAGUGGAAAGUUUGUAAAUGUAUCUGACAUGUGUUUAGUGAUACAGCUAAAAACAGCUUUUAUUGAUUGCCAUCUCUACCUCUACAUUGGUCAAACAAAAAGGUGCCCUGUUGGAUGAUGUCUAUGCAUAUGGCCUGUCCAGAGCAUUGAUCAAGGAGGCACCUCCGGCCACUGUAGGUCUGUUCUCCCAGUGCCCCAGACGCACUGAAACUCUGCUGAAGAAGAUCAAGAGUAAGUUUAACACUUAAGUUGACUUCACAUGACUUGUUUUUUUGUUUGUUCUAAAAAUCGAAUUACGUUGCUCUUUCUACAUUCACAGUUUACAUGAACAGAGAGGCAGAGUGGAGAGAACAGAAGCACAAGUUGAAGCGCCCUCCUCCAGCAUGGAUUAGCUACUUAGCCCUCCUCCUCUCCAUCAUCUUCUUCCGUCCCGUGUGGAGGGAGGAAGAGGAGCGGAGGAGGAGAAGGGUGAGGUGGAUUUUUGUGCGCUUCAGUGCCUGGCACUUUGCAGGCAGUGAUAAACUCUGGGCUGGGUUGGUGAUCCGCCUCUUCAAGGCCAUCCAGGGUGACUUUGGGGAAUUUCCCCUGGGCCUCUAUAGAGCCACCCAGCACCCCUACCCAAAGAAAGUCACGAGCGAAGGUGAUAAGGUCAAUUGGAAAGCCAUAAAGCUGCUCUGCCUCCCCCUCUGGGUUGUAGUCCUUGCCACUAUAUUGUUCAGCAUUGGCACAUGUAUCGUGCUCUACUUAUAUGGCUUUCAGCUCCAAACAAAUAGCACACACAGUUGGGUCACUGUGCUGGAAUCGAUGGCCAUCGCAACACUGGGGCCUCCCACAGUCUUCGCCCUGAGGACUAUUCUGCGGACAUCCAAGCACCUGCUCUACACCAUGGGCAGCAGUAUCCAGCACCAGAUGAACAGCUCGGCUGUCAGCGACCAGAUGGGCUUCAUGAACAAAGUGAGGAAGGAGGUGGGCGUUAUGGUGGACUUCAUCCACUUCAUGGAGGUGUUCGAGGGGAGGAGGAUCCGUGUGGUGCUGGAGAUCACCCACCUGGACCGCUGCAGCCCGGACAGGGUGGUCCGCACCCUGGAGGCUAUGAACGUUCUGCUGGCGGGGGAGAAUGUCCCGUUCGUGUCCAUCCUAGCUGUGGACCCCAGAGUGGUGGUGGGCUGUGUGGAGAGCACCAUGUGGCUCAGUGGCCUGACAUCCAGCGGGUACGACAUUCUAAACAGGAUGGUCACCCUGCCCUUCUCAGUGCCUGAGAUGUCCCCCGACUCCAAAUGCAGAGCUUUUAAAACCCUCGCUUACAACCAUCUAGAGCCUGACUGGGAAUGUAUUAAAAGAGUAAAGCACAGAGCUGGGAAGUUCUCUGCAUUUGAAAAAGGCAGCCUUGUGCCAUUCAUUGGAAAGGGCAAAAGUGAGACUGAGCUACUAGAAAAUGGUAUCCGUUGGGAGAUCUGGGCCAAGAAAGUCAAGGCGCUAACAACUGAGGCAUUACAAGCCAUAUAUACCAAAUACAGCCCUCUUCAUGUUUAUCUUAUGCGAAACCAUGUGCAUAUGAGAAGGAUAAUAAACUCUGUAAGGGUGACAGUCAUCGUCAUGGAUGCUAUGAAUUACGGGGGCUUCUCCAAAGCUAAAGACCUUGCUGCCUGGGUGGUGAUGGCCAACCUCUGGCCCUGCCGUCUGAGCUGGAUCCUGCAAUGCUCAGAGGACUGCCAGCAGAGGGCUGACAUUGAUGGCACUGACGGUGAGAUCAACCAAGCCAGGUCCUUAUGGGAGGUGUUCAGUGAGACCAGUCUGGAGUUCCAAAUGCUCAGAGAUCGUCUGGAGACUGUUCUAGACCAGGAUGGAGACCCUGAGCUGUUUGAGAGGUUCCUUAAGGUGGACUUCCAGUUUACUCUGAAGGAUGUUGAGCAGUUCAGAUUGUGUACAGUCAACCUGGACCAAUCCAUUAAAGAAAAACUGGCUUGGGUUAGACAGGGACCCAGCUUGAGAAACAGAACCAAGUCAAAUACCAUCUGCCCACUGCGGAUUGGAACAGUUAUCCGUAUGAGCACAGAGGACAUCUGCAAAGAGGUAAGUUCAAAAUAAGAAUCUUUAUGCUAAUUUAAUUAUUUUAUGAUACAGGCUAGUAUAUCAUGGGGGUCAGUAUACAGUGUCAUGUAUAUAUAAUUAUGGUAUUUACAUAACUCAUGUAGCUAAGUCCAUUAGAAUAAUUGUGUAAUGUUACACUUUUGUAUCAGACAGAUUAGUCACAACAGAACCCGAUGCCCCCGUAAAAUAAUUGACCUUUUCCCUCAGUCUGCUGCUAUUGUGUACUCGUUAACACAGGGAAAAUGCCAAGUCAGUGGCCUUGAAAUUAGCGGUUUCAGGAGAGAAGUAUGCUAAUAGCCCUCAGCUCACAAGCCUUGCAUUCAUAGCAGCAGCACUGCAUACGGUAGUCCUAUGCAAGCCAUCGCCAAUGAUGGAACUUCCCACCCACCAGAACAUUUUCCAUGAACCCCCGUUGGCCCAUUAGAAUAAGCAAAUGACGCCCAACCAUGUCUAAUGGCAUCAUUUCAAAUAUAUAUCAGUGUGUCUCAAUGUCAUGUCUGCAUUGUUCUCUAGAUGGAGAAGCUGAACUUUCCAGUGAAAUAUCAGCAGCUGCUGACAGAGAAUCAACUCGAUGGAGUGUCUCUGGUUUAUGGCCGCAGCAGUGAGAUCAGACAUGCCCUUCAGAUGACCUUGGGAGAAUGGAUCACUUUCAGCAUGCACUUCCUGGGAGCCAAGCCAGAUGCUCAGCCUCACGCGACAUGA